AUGUCUAGUGGUUCCAGUGAAGCUGAUGUGAUAAGAACACGGAUACCUACUUAUGACGAUGAUAAUACUGUCCUUUAUGCAUAUGAACCAAACAAAACAUUUAUCAAUGAUGUAAAAGGUACCUCUGACAUGCCCUGCAGUGAAACACAACAAAAAACUGUUGAAGAAGUUCUUACCCACUGCCAGGUCAUAUAUGAUGCUAUUCAAAACCUGGAUAAGAAGUUUGAUUUGAUUGAUGGAAAGGUUUCAAAAAUGCACCGUUGUCGUAGGAGAUCAUGGGAAAAUUAUAAGUCACACCAAACUUCUGACUGCUCAAAUUGCAAAAGAAACAAACACGAGAGAGUAAACAGAAAGGGUUCUCCUGCUGUGUUCAACUAUCCUGAAAGCUAUAGCCCAACUUUACCAGUGGGAAGACGGGGAAGUGAUUCCCAAACCAACUAUGAUGGAUCAUCUUUACCGUCAGAGGGUCCCACUGAUUUGGAUCGGUCAGUCUGUGAUGAGCAGGACCAAGACUUCAACCAGACAUCUGCUCUGAUAGGCAUCCAAGGAGAAUUCAACCAGGAAUACGACCAUGAGGUGAUGGGUUACUCAGAUGUAAUAGAGAAUAAGAACGUUGGCCAACAUACUCUGUGCGCCCCUUCCAGCUUUGUUGGAAGUUCAGGAUCUGAGUUCCAUGGCCUGUACCAAAGCUACUUGAAGGACCCUUCAGACUGGUCUGUGGAUGAAGUGAUACUGUUUAUAAGACAAACAGAUCCUCAGAUAUCAGUCUUCCUGGAGGAACUCUUCAGACAGCAUGACAUUGAUGGGAAGGCUCUGCUGCUCUUGAAGAGUGACACAAUGAUGAAGUACAUGGGGCUCAAGCUGGGGACAGCUGUGAAGCUCUGCCACUACAUUGAAAGACUUAAGCAGGAAAAUUACCUCACUGGCUGA